CCACGUUGCUGUAGACACCGGUUUGCUCCGCUAGGGAUUGUAUCGUUGCACGCCCUGGAAGGCUGCUCACUAGCAUUAUUUAUCCUUCAGAUAAAAGACAAAUGUCUUAAGAUAAACGGUAAUAGAAACCAAACGGGCGAUUUCUGUCGGCCUAAAGCUUUCAUUAGAGUCAAGAUGCUGACGGACGUGAUAGUAGAGGAGGAAUUUGAUCACAAUGAGGAUGAACUGUGGUACAGCAGGAAGGAUUUGGAACAUGAUCUGCAUUUGGCCGCUGAGCUGGGCAAGACUCUGUUGGACAGGAACCAUGAGUUGGAGCAGGGCCUUCAGCAGAUGUACUCCACCAAUAAGGAGCAGCUGCAGGAGAUUGAGUACCUGACAAAGCAGGUGGAUCUCCAGCGGCAGAUGAAUGACCAGCAUGCCAAAGUUUAUGAGCAGCUGGACCUGGCCGCUCGAGACCUGGAGAAAAGCAACCAAAGACUGGUGCUGGAGAACCGCACAGCCCAGCAAAGAAUCCAGAGUCUGACUGAGACCGUAGAUGGAUUACAGACUCAUAUGGAGGGUCUGCAGAAGCAGGUGGACGAUCUGAAGAUGUCCCAGUCAAUGAGAGAUCUCGCAGAAGCACGCCGCAGUCUUGGAGCCCAGAGCAUGUCGUGCCUGAAAGAAAUACAUGACCUUCAGCGAGUCAAGUAUCUGAGCUUGGAGAACCUGCGCGAGGAGAAGUCCUGCCCUGCGCUGGAUGACAGAUGGGUGGAAGAGGAGAACUCCACCCUGCAACACACCCUCCACACCCUGAAGGCACAGCUGUCGGCAGAACGUGCCCGACGUGUGGAGGCAGAGCGGGAGACGGAGCUGACGGUGCAAGAAAACAGUGCGCUGGAGCAGCGGCUGAUUCUGCUGGAGGUGGCGCGCCAUCGGCAGGCGGAGCUGGAGGCCGAGGUGGAGGAGCUACGGCAGCUCUGGCGCUCCGAGUCAUCCAGUGCAAGACCAACAGACACUCUGCUUCCCGACAACGUUUUCUUUUCCGCAGAGGAAAGGGUGGGGCCAGAGAAAGAGGAGGGGCUAGAGGCGGAGGUUCCGCAGGGGAGGCGUCGCUGCAGCAGCGACAGCUAUGUACGAGGAGUUGGAGCAGAGGAUAUCAGGCGCGGACAUGAGCGUACAUGUAUCCGGCGAGCUCAGGCGGUGAAGCAGCGUGGAAUCUCCUUGCUGAAUGAGGUGGAUGCGCAGUAUAGCGCGCUGCAAGUGAAGUACAACGAGCUGCUCCGUCGCUGCCAGCUGGGGGCGGACAGCCUCAGCCACAAGGGUGUGCAGACGGCCACCUUCCACGCGCAACGCCGCCGGAGUCUGAUAUCAACCGCAACCGCAACAGCAACAACAACCGAGUCCAUCUGCCCUGCAGAUGAGCUCCAUCAGCCAGAAUACAAAGCCCUGUUUAAAGAGAUCUUCACCUGCAUUCAGAAAACCAAAGAGGACCUGAGUGAGAACAGGGCUGGGCAGGAUCAGUCACAUUGAGUUUAAUGGAAUAGAUCAUCCAAAAAUGAAGAUUCUGUCACCAUUUAUUUGCCCUGGUGUCAUUCCAACCCUGUAUGUCUUUCUUUCUUCCAUGGAGUACAAAAGGAGUUUUUUUUAUUUUCAUUAAAUGGAAAAAAGCAGACCGGAUAUUCUUAAAAAUUUCACCAUUUGUGUUCCACGGGAGAGAGAAUGUCAUAUGUGUUUGGAACAAAUUGAGAGGAUGAUGACAAAGUUUUCUUGUUUGGUGAACUACUCCUUUUAAAUCUCAUUGGAAUUUUGGAUGGCAGUAAUAUACAUAUUCAGUCUAGAUCUUUUACUAAUGUAAUUGGAUGACGGACAUGCUGAAAGACUAAGACUGACGUAUUAGACAUUUUAAAGGUGCUGCUAUUUGUGUUGAUUGCACUAUAACACCUCUGCCUAUGCAACACCAGACCGUCCACAUUCAAAACCACUUAAUGCAAAUGUAAACGGGCCGUAGGUCUGAAAUUAAUUAUUUUGUACUGAACUUUAAUAGGUCUUAUUCUUUUGAUUGCUACAUAUGAAAUGUGUGGGCCUUUAAGAUAUAGCCAUACACGAUUGCAUCUUAAAUCCAUUGAACCAAGUGUUUGUAGGAGAAAAAAAGUCAAAUUUAUUGCUCUGAGGGUAGAUUAAAUUAUUGUUAUUAACAACUUACACGGCUUAGGAAGUAACUUGAUAAAUUAUAACAUGUCCAGGUCACAUUUAAAAAAAUAAAUAAAUAAAUAAAAAACCA